AUGGCUUUCAUGAUGCCGGUGGUUAAAAACGACUGGGAUAUUUACAAGUGCAAUCGAAGCCGCCGUAUAUCGGAGUGUUCGAAUACCCAAUCGUGUAGGUCAAGAAAAGUGUCCGAAUGCAAAUCUGAGGGACCGAGUUUGUCGACAUCGCCGGGGUCCGAUUUUAUGGUGGGUUCGCCUGGAAAUCGCAGUGGCCCCGUGAACAUGUCCCGCCAGUACUCGAGGAUGAGUUCAAGAACGUCACAGAACAGUUUGCAGAGUCCGUGUAAAAGUAUGGGGUCGUCGCCUCCCAAAUCGGACUCGCAAACCAGUUUAAAUAAGUUCCACAAUCGUCUUUUGGACAAACUGAAACGUUCGUUAAGAAGUAAAGACAGUGACGACGAACGCACCAGUUCAUGA